CGUGCCACCAAGUCGAAAACUUCCUCCCGCGAUUCUUUCCUCGCUGUCUACCCAACCCGUACGCGCGAGCACGAAGCCCUCGUGAUAUAAACCGGCAGGCAAAGAAGACCCCGUGCCCCCCCCCUCCUCUCAUGCAGCGGUAAUGAGACAAGGCAGAGUGCUGCACUGGAGCAAAGGCCGGGAUAAGGUGCUCAGAAUACGAGUGCCGGGCUCUCGCGGCAGCUACCUGCCGCCGCCGCCGUCCCUCGCCGACCAGGAUGCGGCCGGCCCGUCGCUGGCCAGCGACCGCGACGAUACCUUCGCCGUCGACCCCGCCACCCGGACGGUGAGGACCGUCGUCGGCGACCUCCCCCUGUCUCCCAUCAUGGACCCCACCUUCUGGGAGGCCACCCGCCGCCACCAGGCCCCCAAGCUCCGCAACUGCAAGCCCCAAAACUCGGUCGAGCGCCAGAUGCGCGCCAACCCCUUCGCGAAGGCCCUCGCGACGCCGGUGCGGUACUGCGCCAUCACCCAAGUCCGUCUCCCCAGGUUCUUCCUCCAGGAAUUCGACACCAUCGGGCACCCCGAGACCGGCAAGCCCUGGCUUGUCCCACACAGCAUUCUGCCCGACGAGCCAGAUGCGCGCGACGAGGACGAGGACGAGGACGAGGACGACGCUGACAGUCAGGGCAUACAGGCGGCUUUUGAGGAGGCGGAGUGGAUAGGGUGCGCAGAGGUCACGGGGAAUGUAGAAACCUCUGAGAACGCGCAGGACUCAGAGAGCCUAGAGGGUAUGGACGGCAAGGAGAGUGUAGAAAGCGCGGAGAGCCCGGAGGCUGCUGGGGAGGGCAAGGAGAGCACCGAGAGCACCGAAGCUGCGCCGUCCGAGCUGCACAACGCGCAGGCGGACCCUGAGUCGGCGGAGCCAAAGCUGCAGAAUGGCGAGCCAGAGGGUGCCGCCGCCGCUUCCCCUCCUCCUCCUCCUCACGCUGCGCCCUCGCCUUCGAAAGAGCAAGAGCCGCCCCGCGGGCAGGCCGUCAGCGUUCUGGCGCGCAGGGACCUCCUGGCCGCCUUCGUGACCAAGGGCACGGGGCUCGAGCACGCGGCCCGGCGGCUCGGGGGCGCGGGCACGACGUUCCGCCACCUGGCGAAAUACACGGUCUGGCGGCGCGACAUGGACUCGUACAUCCUGGCGCUGCUGCGGGACGCCGCCGCCAGCGAGCUGCGGUACCUGUCGGGGCUGUGCGCCGCGGGGGACCGCCACUACUUCGACCCGUGCGCUGACUGGGACGAGGUCCGGCGCAAGCACCGGGGUAACAUCCUGUGGUUCGGCGAGCCCGCCGCUACCGCCGCUACCGCCGCCGCGGCGCAGCCCCCCGGCCUCUUCGCCGUGCUCGACGUCGCCGGCUACACCCCCAAGGGCGACGCCGCCAACUACAGCCUCGUCGUGCACAACGUGCCCCUGCUGCUCGGCGAGGACCACGCCCGCCGCCUCGCCGACGAGGCCGCCGCCUUCCGCGACGGCUCCCUCUUCAUGUUCGUCAGCCGCCGGACCGCCGAGGUGCAGGUGAAGCUCUGGAAGCUGCACGGGUACCUCUCGGACUACCGGUGCGGGCGAUCGACGCUGCCCCCUCGAACCGACCUAUCGCGGCCCGAUGUUGGGCGGCAAUCUGCCUUCUCCACUCGUCGGCCCCAGGGCUUGAGGGAGGGCGGGGGAGGCGAGGGGGCUAACCCCCCCGUACGCCUCGGCGGUUCAGUCGACGCUUGGGAAUCAAACCAACCUCCUCUCCAAGACUCGUACUAGGCGGCUCGCGGUAGUCGUGACGGAACCAGCUAGCCGCGUACAACAUAGGUACCUGCGUCUUCUGUCGCCUACUACUACGUGACAAUUAAGCACGAAGGAUGCCCGAAAUCCCGGUCGCUACAUUUGCCAUCUAGGAACCGCACUCUCAAGGCGUGGGCCAGCUGCCAUCUACGGUAUAGCAACUUCGUAGAGCUUAUGCCCAAGCCGUCGAAGGAACUGGAUCACCAAGGUCGGCGCACAGGUGUGUACGAUCAACGAAUACACAAAUGUAUAUCAUGUAGCCCUGAAUAAUUGAAUAAUUCCCACAUAGAAGAUAUCAACAAGUUA